GUAUCUUCAGCACGGCUUUAAUAAUAUAUUACUAAUUAUAUAGUUUGGAUUAAUUUGAUCAUUGAACUAUUUUAAUCCAUUUUCUCCCGGUAUGAAUGACCUUUUAUAGAUGAAUGUGGAUUAAUUACACUGGUGUUAUACCAUUCAUCAUGAUGCAUGAAGCCCUUUAUAAUGAAGCAUGAAAAACAGUGUCAAAUGUACAGAUUUUAUGCUGGCUAACCUGAUGCACGUUAGGCUCUUUUUAAUGUAUAUGUCAGUAAUCACUAUGAGAUUAAAGGAGCAUCUGAAACAGGUGGUUGUCGACAGGCCUGACCCUCCCUGACUAAUAGAGGCCCCCUGAUUAGCAUCUCUCAUUAUUAAUGCCGACCCGAACAAGCCUUAUCUGUGUAACCAAUACUCACUUUCAUGAAAUGAUGCCCUGGAUCAGGUUUUAUUUCCUUCUUGCUUCAGACAUUCAUCCCGUUGCAUUUCCCUCCUACAGGGUUACCGCUCCGCAUCUCCCCGGCAAGUUUCUAAGAACUGUUCGGCCUCGAGAUGUGGAUUUGCUGUGAAUUAUUAACAGGAGACGUUUGAUUGGUAGGUGCUGAUGGGCACCUGUUUAACCCAAACAACCCCCAAAACCAUGAUCCUCCAUCUUUCAUUUAGACGGAUAAUUAAGGAGCGAUAAACAAUAUAUUAUUGGUAUUUGAAGAGCAUUUUAUGCCACUUAAUAAUCCCCACCUUUCACACUUAUUGUACAGAUAAUAUCCUGCUUUAUAUUUAGUUUAUAUUUUAGGUCCCAAAUGUAUAUUCUUGUACGUUCUUUUUAAAUGUUAUUUUAUUUUUAUUCUAUUGUAAUUACGUUGCCUUGUUUUUAUGCUGCUGCAACGAAAACAUUUCCCAAAUUGGGAUCAAUCUAUCAAAGUGAGUCACUAUCAUAGAGUUCAUUUCCAUAUAUUGAUAGCAUAAAAGUGUAGAUUUGCUCUGAAUACUUAACAGGAGACGUUUAAUUGGGAGGCGCUGAUGGGCGUUACCUGAGAGCCCGGCCUUGUUGUCUUUGACGGACAUGUGUCUCAGACCUCGACUGGAGCUUUCUUAUUUAAUAUAUUCACCCCAUUGCAUUUCCCUCUUAUUGGGUUACCACUCUGCAUCUCCCCGGCCAGUUUCUAAGAACUUUCUGGCCUGGAGUUGUGGAUUUGCUUCUGAAUUAUUAAAGGGAGACGUUUAAUUGGUAGGCGCUGGUGGGCGUGACCUUGUUGUAUUGACGGACAUGUGUCGCAGAACCUGGACUUGAGCUUUUCUAGGGGUGGAGGUCCCAAGGAUGACCGUGUAAAACUCCACCAUGCUGCGCUACGAAGAGCUCCUGUUUUACGCUGCCUGUGUUUGUAACUGCUGGACUGUGUGUCUGUGUGUGUGCGUGUGUCAGAGUGUGUGUAGGAAAGGUGGUGGUGGUGGUGGUAUGGGCAGCAGCUGGAGGUGGCAUCUUUCCCGCACCAUGAGGCUGGCGCUGCGCUGGUGCCGAGGCCUCCAGAGAGGGGCUCGAUGCGGCGGAUCGAAGCCGUGGAUCAGCGGCCGGUGUUUUGAGGUGUGGAGCUACAGCAAGCUGCUGCUCAGGUCUCUGUACUUCAACAGCCUCACCAACGCUGACACUCUGCUGGACUGUGCCUUCGAACCAGUCUACUGGAUUGUGGAUAAUGUGACCCGCUGGUUCGGAGUGGUGUUCGUCUGUCUCGUCGUUCUUCUGACGACUUCAGUUGUGGUCAUCAUCUACCUGUUCGUCUUACCCACAAUCCUCAGCACCUACCCUCUGUACAUGAUCGUGUGGCACCUCUGCUAUGGCCACUGGCUCCUCAUCAUGGUGGUCUUCCAUUACUACAAGGCCACCACCACAUCAGCGGGACACCCACCCAAGGAGAAAACUCAGAUCCCAUCGGUGUCCAUCUGUAAGAAAUGCAUCACUCCUAAACCUCCCAGGACGCACCACUGCAGCAUCUGCAACAUGUGUGUUUUGAAGAUGGACCACCACUGUCCCUGGUUGAAUAACUGCGUGGGUCACUUCAACCACCGCUACUUCUUCUCCUUCUGCCUCUACAUGACCCUGGGCUGCGUCUACUGCAGCAUCAGCAGCAAGGACAUGUUCCUGGACGCCUACAACACUAUAGAGAGAUACUACCAGACCCCUCCUCCAACCGACCCCUACAUCGAGUCCACGGCUCACAAGAGCAUCAUCUUCCUCUGGGUGCUGACCAGCUCGGUGUCCGUGGCUCUGGGAGGACUCAGCCUCUGGCACAUGAUCCUGAUCAGUCGAGGAGAGACCAGCGUGGAGCGACACAUCAACCACAGGGAGACCCGCCGGCUGAGGGAGAUGGGCAAGGUUUUCAAAAACCCAUAUCAUCACGGGACGAUGAACAACUGGAAGCUGCUGCUGGGGGUGGAGAAAAGGAGUCACUGGUUCACCCGGGUCCUGCUGCCCUCCAGCCACCCCCCCAGCGGAGACGGCAUCCUGUGGGAGUUCAGCUUCACCAGAAGAGACCCCAUGGCCAUCUGACCCUUUUUCCUCUGAUCCAUAUCCAAGAAAUCAACUGUUGUACAUGCGUUCACACUACAAGCCGCUCGGGACAGAGGAGAGAAGCUCCUGCUGCAACAAGGAAAAGAAGCUCUGUAGCUGCACUGUGCGAAGUGGAAACACGGGGAUCCGUCAUCUUUUCCCACCCGUCUCCAGCCGAAGCCACCCUGUGACUGCAACCCUGACUCAUGUUUAUAAAUGCUGCUGCUGGCCAGCAUCGUUGUGAAUCCCAAACGUAUCCUCCUUUCCAUUUGUAAUGGACAAAAAAAAAUGGUGCAUCUCAAAUCUUGCACCAGAGUCAAGCCUUUUUGUUCUUACACUGUUGAUGUAAGAAUGAAUCCAAGACUGGGGGGGGGGCAGCAUCGGAGAACCCCAACCUCUACAGUCACAGCACUUUAAAGGUGCUGUGUGUCGCUUUAUGAAGCUCCAAUCAACAUACAGGUCCUUUAAUGAUGUGACUGGAUAUCUGAGCCCAUAAUAAGUGUGUCUUAGACUGAAAUCAUGAAUAUUUUCAAAGGUUUUUUUAUUUCUGUCCUGUGAUUAUUUAAAUAAUGGCCAUCUUAACAAAAGUAUGUGUUUUCAUGUUUACUUGUGUGCUUGUUCAUCCUGUCGUUGUGAUCUGGGGAACAAGUGCGAACGAGAUUAAGAAUCUGAAAUCAAAGGAGAGCGAAAACCAAAAGAUUUAUCCACUUUUUAUUUUGCCUAUUUUUCAAUUUAGCAAAAGAAAGAGAAUUCACACAGCAUCGUUUCAUCCUCUUGAUCCUGUCUGAUAACUUGUUGUGUGCCUCGUUUGGUUAAAGUCGUGGACAAUUCCCCAACGUGUUUGUACUGAUAACUUCAUGAUGGGUGAUUGGACCCGUAGUUGCCAUAGAAACAUGACUGUGAUAUCAUGUGUAACCAAUGGGAGCUGUGCUCCAGUUUCAAAUGUGAUGUCUUUUUUUUUUUUUAUAAAAAAAACCUGUUUGAUA